AAAGUAAUUUGGAAUUUCAAGUGUAAACUUCAAAAUGUUUAUAUAUUUAAGUAAAAAGAUUGCAAUUCCAAAUAACACUAACAUCAAUGCUAUAGCAUGGAAUAAAUUAGAUGGUUACAUAGCAGUUGGAGGAGAAAAUGGACUUUUAAAGGUUCUAAAACUGGAUUCAUCUAAUGAAACUGAUGGAGCUGCUAAAAAUAAAGGAUUACCUGCUACCAGUAACUUGUCUAUGAAUCAAACUUUGGAGGGCCAUACAGAAAAUAUACAAGUGUUAGUAUGGAAUGAAUCUCAUAAAAAACUAACAACUAGUGAUCAGAAUGGUGUGAUAAUUGUGUGGAUGUUGUACAAAGGUGCUUGGUAUGAAGAAAUGAUUAACAAUCGUAAGAAAUCAACAGUAGUCGGAAUGGCAUGGAGUGCUGAUGGUCAAAAAAUUUGUAUUAUCUAUGAAGAUGGUGCUGUUAUUGUUGGCUGUGUUGGAGGGAAUAGAAUCUGGGGCAAGGAGUUAAAGCAAGUUCAGCUAUCAGGAGUACAGUGGUCCCCUGAUAACAAACUAUUAUUGUUUAGUUUAAAAAAUGGACAGUUACAUCUAUAUGAUAAUCAAGGAAAUUUUGUGAUGAGACUGAACGUAGUUUGCCAUGAUGCAACAUUUGAUGUGAUUCCCAUAGUAGGAAUUGAUUGGUAUAAUGGAGUCAAUGGCAGCAUGUACUCACUAGGUCCAAAUCUAGCUAUAACUUUUGAAAAUGGAAAAAUUCAACUAAUGAGAAAUGAAAGUGAUACAAAUCCUAUUGUAGUAGAUACUAGGAUGUUAGCUGUUUACUGUGCUUGGAACCACAAUGGCUCUCUUCUUGCUAUAUGCGGUAGACAGUUUUCAGAAGACAAACAAGUGAAUCUAGUUCAAUUUUAUAGUCCAUUUGGAGAGCAUUUAAGAACUUUAAAAGUUCCUGGAAACUCAAUAUCGUGUUGUGUUUGGGAAGGUGGAUCUUUAAGGGUAGCUUUGGCUGUUGACUCUUUCGUGUACUUUGCUAAUAUCCGUCCAGAUUAUAAGUGGUGCUAUUUUAAGAAAACAGUUGUUUUCAGUUCGUUUAGAUCCCAUAAACCUGGAAUAUGCCUUUCAUUUUGGGAUACUAGUAAUAAUCAGUGCCACACUCGUUGGGUAGCCGCACUUUUGGGCAUAGCCGGUUAUGGAGAUCACUGCAUUGUUGCCACAAGAUCUGAAAAUGAAGAUGCUUUAGGGAAAUACAGUCUCAUUCUCUAUAAUACUUUAGGAACACCUGUUGAUGGUAAAUAUAUCAAUAUAGAACCUAUUGGAGUUACAAUGAACUCUUAUCAAGUAUUUGCUGCAUCAAAAAAUAAUUUUAUAGUGUGGCAUUACAAGACACCAAAGGCUGUAUCAAGCAUGGGUAGUAGUAAAAUUAAAAUGUUCCACAUCGAUGACAGUCCUUCUGGUGCCGUGGAAAUCAUCCAUGAAUUAGAAGGUACCACUACAGUACCCGUUAGCACACAUGAAACAAUAGAUCCAAUAUGCUGUCUGGUUGCAAGUGACAAAUGUUUAGUGAUAGGCAGGGAUUCCGGACUAGUACAGUUUUAUGCCCUGCCUCAUAUAGUUCUCAUAAAUAGGUUUAAAAUGAGCACAAGACCUCAUAAGAUGGCUAUUAACUGUAACUCUACGCGUCUCUCUAUAAUCGACAUAUCAGGAUUGAUGACAGUCCUUGAUAUAUCCGAAGGUGUUGGACGUGCUGGGAUAUCAGCCUCCGAGAAUAAAUUAGAACGUAAAGAUGUUUGGGCAAUGUGCUGGGCUUCGGAUAAUCCGCAACUUCUAGCUAUUAUGGAGAAAACUAGGAUGUACAUCUUUAGAGGAAUGUACCCCGAGGAACCAGUAACUUGUUCUGGAUAUAUUUGCAGUUUUAAUGAUCUGGAAAUACAAGCAGUUCUGCUCGAUGAGGUGAUACAGAAUCCAGAAAAGCCUGAGAACGACCAUAUCAUCAAGCUGGAAGUUAAAAGUUUAAGAGAUACCAGGCAGCUAUUAGAAAAAGUUGGUAUAAAUGAAGCCUGUCAAUUUGUAGAAGAAAAUAGUCAUCCUAGAUUAUGGACACUUGUAGCCGAAGCGGCACUAAAGGAUAUGAAUUUGCCUAUGGCAGAAUCAUGUUUUGUGAGGUCCAAAGAUUACUCCAAAGUGUUAUUUGUAAAAAAACUGGUUGAAAUCGAUUACGAACCGAUAAAGAGAGCUAGAAUAGCAACAUAUUUUAAAAACUUCGACGAAGCUGAAAAAAUAUACAUGGAAGCUGAUAGAAGCGAUUUAGCUCUUAAACUGCGUCAAACAUUGGGAGAUUGGUUCCGAGUAAUACAGAUUAUAAAGAAUGGCGUCUCAGCUCCAGAUUCCUUGCUACAAACUGCCUACAACUGUACAGCGGAUUAUUUUGCUCAUUUUAAUAAUUGGGCUUCAGCGAUUGAGUAUUACGAACUAGCCAACAAUACUGCGAAGACAAUCGAAUGCUAUUACCAUUUGGAAGACUGGAAGAGCUUAGAAAAUAUAGUAGAUACUUUACCAAAAGGUCACCGUCUUUUAGGAAAAUUAGGCGAUCUAUUCGCUUCUAAGGCAGUUCACACUGUGGCUGUAAAAGCAUAUCUUAAAGUAGGAAAAGUAAAGCGAGCCAUUAAUAUGUGUAUGAGGCACCACAGAUGGGAUGCUGCUAUGGAUCUAGCUAGAACUUACAAGUUUACUUCACAAAUUUCUGAAUUGCUAGUUAAACAUACAACUGGUUUUAUGGAGGAGGGUCAGGUACUAAAAGCAAUUGAGAUUAACUUCCAGGCCAAAUAUUAUCUUUUAGCAGCAGAACAUGCAUUUCAGCUUGCCAAGAAGGAAGCAGAAAAACCAGAUAAAAAUCUGUUAAUAGUUAAAAAGCAUUAUGUAUAUGCAGCAAAGUUGAUUGAAUUACACAAGAGUGCGGAAACAGAAGAAUGGCAACCUACUGAUGAACUUAUGGUGGAGAACGCCUGGAAAGGUGCUGAAGCAUAUCAUUAUUUGAUAAUGGCUCAUAAACAUUUUUAUGGCUUGCACAUGCUAGAUGCCUUACGUCCCGCAUAUAAAUUACGAGAUUACGAAGAAUAUAUUGGACCUCGAGAGAUCUACUCAUUAUUGGCUCAUAUUUCCUGUUUAGCAGGAACAUUCAACGUGUGCCAAGCAGCCUUUUUGAAAUUACAACAUUUAGAAAACAUACCCGAAGCAGAUGCUCAUCGAUAUAAGGACCUGGCUUUAAAAAUAUUUUCACAUAAUAGAGCCAAAGAUCCAGAUUUAAAAACUGUGGAAUGUGAUAAUUGUCGAAAUAAAAUACAAGAUUGGAUGAACCAAUGUACUAAAUGUGAAUCUACUUUCCCUACCUGCAUUGUGACAGCUCGACCUAUUGUGGGAGAACCAAUAUGGAUAUGUAAGUCUUGUAAGCAUCCAGCCAUUGAGAAAUAUAUGGUGGCAUUAAGAUCCUGUCCAUUGUGUCACGCAAAGAUUGAAAGAGCCGGAGACUCUGUUAGAGAGAACGAGUGAAUAUAUAAAAGUUUUUUGUUAAGAGUUCGUUCGUUUUCGUUGAAUAUAUCGUUAAUUUCGAUAAUAUCAAAUGUUAAAUUUUGUAUUUGUAAAGUUGUAUUAUUUAUUACUUAAUCUAGCGUUGUUCCGUCCAAGAAUGAUAUGAUCUCUGUUUAUAAUGUUGUGUUCAAAGUUCUGAAAUAAAUGUUCAUCAGG